AUGCUGUCUGUUCACAUCUAUCUAUCUAUCUAUCUAUCAGUCUGUUUCUAUGUAUGUAUGUAUCUAUCUAUUUCAGUUUCUUCAUUAUCUAUCUAUCUAUCUAUCUAUCAAUUGAUCUAUCGCAGUCUAUUUAUAUCUAUUUAUUUAUCUAUCUCUGUUCACAUCUAUCUAUCUCAGUCUGGUCCUAACUAUCUAUCUAUCUAUCUAUCUCAAUCUAUUCAUAUCUAUUUAUCUAUCUCAGUUUAUUCACAUCUAUCUAUCUAUCUAUCUAUCUAUCUAUCUAUCUAUCUAUCUAUCUAUCUAUCUCAGUCUGUUCCUAUCUAUCUAUCUAUCUAUCUAUCUCAGUCUCUGUUCCUAUCUAUCUAUCUAUCUAUCUAUCUAUCUAUCUAUCUAUCUAUCUAUCACUUGUCUGAUCCCAUACAUCUUCUCUAUCUAUGUGCACUCAUCUUUGAUGUGCCGACUGCAUUUUUUUUCCCGUCUUGCAUGUAUUGGCACGCACUUGGGGUGGCGCACUCAGUCUUCCUCUCUUCGUCGGGACGUUUUCUCUCAUGUUUUGAUUUUGCAACUGAUUUCUUCAUAUUCCAAACAGAGAAAGCAACAGACGGUCCGUCCUAUCGGCGAAUAAACUCUAUCACCAUUGGUCCUGGGCCUUUGUCUUCUUUUAAUGAUCUUUUGCUUCUUGUUUCUUUUCUCUAUCUUCUUUUCUUUGCAUUUUCUUCCCUCCUUCUUUCUUUCUUUCUUUCUUUCUUUUUCUUUCUUUCUUUGCUGUUCUUUUUCUUGUAUUUUUUGGUUUUCAUUGGUUUCUUACACUAUUUUUUAUUUUUAUUAUUCGUUUUCUUGACUUCCUCGCAAUAUCUUCUUUCUUUCUUUCUUUCUUUCUUUCUUUCUUUCUUUCUUUCUUUGCUAUUUUAUAUUUUAAUUAAAGCUAUUUUUUGUUCCUUCUUUAAACUUCAUUUUAUCUUCUCUUUUUCUUUUUUACCUUCUCUUUUUGUUUAUCAGUUUCUUUCUUUUUUACCUUCUCUUUUUGUUUAUCAGUUUCUUUCUUUUUUACCUUCUCUUUUUGUUUAUCAGUUUCUUUCUUUCUUUCUUUCUUUCUUUCUUUCUUUCUUUCUUUCUUCAAUUCUUUUAAUUUUUCGAGGUUUAUUCCUUUUCUUUUAUUUUUGUUUUCAUUCGUUACCUUGGCUUCCUCCCAAGAUCUUAUGCCGUUCUUUCUUUCUUUUUUCUUUCUUUCUUUCUUUCUUUCUUUCUUUCUUUCUUUCUUUCUUUCUUUCUUUCUUUCUUUGCCGUUCGUUCUUUUUCUUGUAUUUUUUGGUUUUUAUUGGUUCGUUAUACUAUUUUUUAUUUUUAUCAUUCGUUUGCUUGACUUCCUCCCAAUAUCUUCUUUCUUUCUUUCUUUCUUUCUUUCUUUCUUUUUUCUUUCUUUCUUUCUUUCUUUCUUUCUUUCUUUCUUUCUUUCUUUCUUUUUUUCUUUUUUUCUUUCUUUCUUUCUUUCUUUCUUUCUUUACUGUCUAUUGCUGUGUUUUUCUAUCUCUCACACAUACGUUUUCUCGUUCUCUCAUUUCUACUGUUUUUAUUUUCUUUAUUUCUUUCGUUUUCCCUUUAUCACUUUUCUUCAUUCCUUCCUCUUUCUUUUACUUACUUCUUAUAUUUUUCUGUCAUUUUCUCCUUCCAGUCUUUUCUUCUCCUUUUUCACUUUUCUUUUAUUCAUUCUUUUUCUAUUACAUUUCUCUUUUAUAUAUUUUAUUUCUUUUGUCAUCUCCAUCAUUAUAUUCUUUCUUUUUAGCUCUUUCACUUUUUCCUUUUUUCCCUUUUGCUUUUGUCAUUUUUCUCUUCGUUUCUUUCUUUCUUUCUUUCUUUCUUUCUUUCUUUCUUUCUUUCUUUCUUUCUUAUUUACAUCCCUAA